UCUUAGACGUGAUAUUAAGAUAGACGAGCUUCUUUUUCAUACAAUAUUGGUAAUGGCUCUCGCUGCGGCUAUCAGAGGACGUUCAUUGGUUAUAAUGUUAUUAAUGUCUUUCUAACCAUUAAAGUAAUAGGUCAAAAUUUCAUAAGGAUGUAAAAUGUAGUAUAAAGAAAUUAACCAAUUUCAAUCGAGUAUUAGGCUUUCCGUAACUCCACUUUUGUCUAUAAAACUUAAAACACAACAUCGAAAAUUUUCAUAAAAAUAAAAGUUUUACGAUAUAUUUCUUCUGCACAACCAAUCACAAAUAAUCAUAUAGUACGCGCUUUAGUUUGAAAUUUAAUACCAAAAGUAAGUAAGGUUAUGUAUUAACGUUGUUUAGAGAAAUGAGUGAUCAUAAUCAAUGUUGUAAUACGUUUGAUAACUUUGAAAAUGAAAGUGUUAAAGAAAGUGAUGAACUACUCAUCGAUGCUGUGAGAGCAUAUCCACAUCUUUAUAACCACAAAGAUCCUAAUUUUAAAAACCAUUUGAUGAAAAAAAAUUCGUGGAAAGAAAUAGCCUUAACAGUAAAUAUACCAGUUUCUGAGUGUCAGAUCCGAUGGGUAAGACUUCGUGAAAGAUUCGGAAAAGAAAAACGUCAAAGAGAGUUGGAUUUAAAGAAUGGCAAUGGAAUUAGUCAACGUAAUAUUUUCAUAUAUUACGAAACUAUGUCAUUUCUGAAUGAUCAUAUUAAAAGAAGAAGAUCUUAUACGAAUGUCUCAAAUUUAAAACGUCCAAAGAGGAUAGAAGUCACGGCAAAUAAAUCACAUACAUGUAUUUCAUUGUUUGAUUCUUCGUCUACAAUUAAAAAAGACGACCAAAAAAUGAAUCUUUCAAUGGAUAGUACAAUUAUUAAAAGUACAGAAUCUCCAAUCUUCAAAACUACCUCACAAUUCUCAAAUAUAAUAGAUGAAAUACCAAUUGAACCAUGUGCAAACUUCUUAACAUCAUUCAAACAAAAUUUCAUAUCAGACACUAUUCCUGCUUCUUCGUCAAUGACAUCACUCAAAAAUAGUCACUUAAGUUUAACUGGUCCUCUUAGACAUUUUUCGGAUCUUCCUCAUAAUCUUCAUAAAUCUGAUGAAUCAACGAGAAACUCGAUCCUUUCAAUGCAUGAAUCCACCUCUUCUCCAGCAGCAACAAUUUUUCAAACAACGCCAUUUUCACGAAGACCACCAUUUAAGAAAAAAAAUAAUUCGGUCGAAUUAGAAAGUUCUUUGAUUUUACUUUGGCAAACUAUGCACCAACGUCUUCUGGAUAAUCAUAAUUCCGAAGUGACUGAUAGCUCGGACGAAAUUUUUGCAAAGUUAAUUGUUAAUCAAUUAGAAAGAUUACCAUUACAUGAAAAACAAAAACGGCAACAAGCAAUCAUACAAAUUUUGUAUGAACCUUAUAACUCUUGAGUAGAUGAAAAUGACACCAAAGCUAUGAACCAUUUUGAUAUUUUAAAUAGCAUAUUAUUUUAUGUUGUACUUUUGCAUUUUAUAUUUUACUUUUUAUGUCCUUCAUGCACCUUCAUAGUCAUGUUCAAGAAAAGAGGGAUAUUUUAGAUUUGUUUCUUCGUAUUAUUUUUCUUUAUAUAAAAUAUAUAUAAUAUAUUAUUAUAUAUUUCGCAAUAACGAGGAAAUUAUAUUGUUUUGACAUAAUGAUAG